AUGCGAGAAGUUAAGAAAAAUGUAAAGUCUGAAUUAAGACCCUUAUACAAGGUGAAGAAUAUCCAAAGAGGUUCAAAUGGGCAGACUGUAAUAACCCUAUAUGCCCAAGAGGGAGGAAGAUUGAUUGUAACCACCUUCGGAGACCCGCAGUAUUUUAAGUCAACUGUUCUCUGCCCAUUGCGACAAUACCCGCCUCAAAUACCAGGAGGCCAAUGGACUGUAGUUCAUGUCCCUUGGACUGCUAGUGAUAUCACUACCUUUUGUAAUACCUUUCCAAAACUCAGAGAAAGCCCUUCUGAUUUUAGAGAUAAGUUGCAGCAGGUCUUUAGUAUUUACAAUCCCACUGUGUCUGAUGUAAACUGGCUCUUAAAUAGUCUGUUAAAUCCAGAACAAAAACGACUCCUAAUUGCAGAAACUAGGAAUAUUCCGGAUGGCACCCCUUGGCCACAAAAUGAUUACAAUUAUGAAGAAAAUCAAGGACUGCAAAAUGUGCAAAAUGCUAGAGCUACUUUGCUAAACGCCAUUACCAGAGUAGCUCAGACUCAUGUAGAUUGGACAAAAGUUGAUGGAAAGUCUGCCUGGAUCCACGCAUCUCAUUGCAAAAGGACAUUAACGCCAAAGAAAGAAGAACAAAUCAACCCAGAACCAGCCCAGUUGGAAUUAGAUCCCACUCAAACGGAAACUGAGGAAGAAGGUCUUCAAGAAACGAAUGCGGAUACCCCUUACCUUGCUGAGCCCCCUCGCAACUAUAACCUUCGUCCUAGAAAACAAGCCAAGAAAAGAUAUACCCUGCGACUACAAGCGGUAGUUGAAAUAUUGGCCCUAGAAACUGAAAUUGCCAUAACCAGACUGGGAAACGCUAUAAAGAUCAUAGCCCGAAAUCAAGAUAAUUUACGACUAAUGGUUAUGCAGAACCGAUUAGCCCUUGACUAUGUUUUAGCAUCUGAAGGGGGUGCCUGCGCUGUAAUAGGCCAAGAGUGUUGCACUUAUGUAAAUAGUACCUUUGAAUUAGUAGAAAACCAAGUUAAUAAUGCGAUGGUUCAUGCUGCCAAAGCCGCUGAAGCAGCCUUCGUUCCCAAAGAUUCUUCAGUAGAUUGGUUUGCUUGCCCCACAUUUCUGGUGACAGCUCCCUGUAACAUCAGGCCUGGUGCAAAUGUAACUGUUGGGGUUGUUCUGCUGCAAGACAGCCCACUACAAGUCACAGUCAGAGGGGAAGUGCUCAGAGGAAAUGAUUCCCUGCUGAGUGGGGAGCUUGUCUUUGAAAAAGGUUCCUUUGGGAUACUUGUUCUUCCAGCACUGCCUUUGAACAGUGCUUCUGGAGAUUAUGUAUUACUGGUGGAAGGGCAUGCUGAGGGCCGUCACAUAUUCUCUAACAGGACCAAAUUGUUAUUUGAGUCCAAGAGUAUUUCUGUCUUCAUCCAGACCGACAAGUCUUUCUAUAAACCAGGGCAAGAAGUGAAGUUUCGGAUCGUGACUGUCUAUCCUGAUCUCAAACCCUACAGAGCUUUAUUAAGCAUAUACAUCCGGGACCCUCGAGGGAAUUUGAUUCAGCAGUGGUUGGCAGAGAAAGGUGAUUUGGGUGUGGUUUCCAAAAACUUUCAAUUAUCAACAAGCCCCCCACUUGGAGAUUGGUCUAUUCAAGUGCAAAAAAAUGGUCAAAUUUAUCAUCAAAGAUUUACUGUGGUAGAAUAUGUGUUGCCAAAAUUUGAAGUUAUUCUAAAAACAUCAUUAUAUUCUUCAAAAGGAACUGAUUUAGCGGGUACUGUCACUGCAAAGUAUACUUAUGGAAAACCAGUGAAAGGAACUGUAACAGUCAUUUGUUCUGCUGUCCUCUAUUGGAGAAACCAGAGAAAUAUCACACAAACAAUAGAGAUAAAUGGAUCUGUGAACUUUACUUUUAGCUACCUGGAGAUGCAAAAUUUAACUACUACUCAAAAUCAGUGGUAUGGAAGUGACUUCAUGUACGGAGGGCCAAUAGAGAUUACUGCUAUAGUUACUGAAUCAUUGACAGGAAUCUCCCAAAAUUCAAGCACCACUGUAUUUCCAAAGCAGAGUGACUACAUCAUUGAAUUUUCCGACUAUCCUAAAGUUCUAAAACCUUCUCUGAACUUUAUAGCUACUCUGAAAGUAAUGCAUUCUGACAACAGUCCUUUAACAGCUGAAGAAAGACAAAAUUAUGUCACCAUCACUGCAGAACAGUCAGACUCAGUUUCUCACCGAUCUUUGUUUUCUCUAAGUGAAAAUGAAGUUGCACAGCAGGGAAAUGAAUCAGUUCAUUCACUAAGUUACAGUGUCCCAGAUACGGGAAUUGUGCAGAUUGAAAUUCCAAUUCUGGCUACUGCAAGAAGUCUUCAAAUGAAGGCUAGUUUUCUUGAUAGUGAAACUAGUAUAGCUGUUCAUGAUGUAUUUAAUGCCCCCAGCAAGACUUACCUCCAGAUAAAAAGCCCAAGACAGGAUGUAAAGGCUGGAACACCUUUUGAGCUGAGUAUUGCAAGCAACAGGCCAAUAAAGGAGUUCAAUUAUAUGGUGGUAUCUAAGGAACAAAUUGUGGCUUUUGGCAAAAAAGUUACAACAACCUUCACUUUAACAGCAGAAAAUUCUUGGGCUCCUUUGGCAUGUAUAGUUAUUUUCUAUACUAGUGAGACUGGAGAAGUGGUAAAUGAUGUUCUGGCUAUUCCUGUUCAACCUGUUUUUGAAAACAAGAUCACAAUAUCUUGGAGUAAAGAUAAGGUCAGUCCAUCUGAGAAAGUCUCCCUGAGAAUCAGUGCAACUGAAUCCAGAUCUGUAGUUGGACUUUCAGUUGUUGACAAAAGUGCAAAGUUGUUAGGAGAAAAGACUGACAUUACAGAAGAUGCUGUGCUCCAUGAAUUAUAUUUGUACAACACAAAGCAAUACUUUGCCUCAGUUAGAAGUCCCUUCAGUGUCUUUCAGAAAUGCAACCUCUGGGUAUUAACUGAUGCAAACCUCGCUGAAGAUGAGGAUCCUUUUCUCUAUGAUGACAUACUAACCUUCAUGGAUUCUGACACAGAGACACAUUUUCCAGUAAGACCUCCUCCUUCCAGUUAUCCAUAUGUAAGGAUGUAUUUUCCAGAGACUUGGCUUUGGAUUGACUCUAACACUAGAUCCAGCAAAGACAUCACAAUGGAAGUAACUGUACCUGAUACCAUCACUUCGUGGGUAGCCAGUGCUUUUGUAAUGUCUGAAAACCUUGGUCUUGGAAUACUGACUGCUCCAGUGGAGCUAGAAACAUUUCAGCCUUUUUUCAUUUCCUUGAACCUUCCUUACUCUGUUACCAGAGGAGAACAGUUUAUUUUGGAAAUAAAUAUCUUCAAUUACUUGAAAGAAGAGACCAAGGUUACAGUGACCCUGGAUAUCAGUGAUGUUUUUGAAAUUCUUAUAACAUCCAAUGAAAUAAACGCUACAGGAAACCAACAGUCUGUGUUGGUACCAAGUGAAGAUGGAAGAACUGUUAAUUUCCCAAUCAAACCAAAACGGCUGGGGGAGAUCCCUAUCAAAGUGACAGCAGUGUCACCCACUGCUUCUGAUGCUGUUCUCCAGAAAGUUUUAGUGAAGGCUGAGGGCCUUGAACAGUCCUACUCACAGGCAGUUCUCUUGGAUUUGACUGGGAAUGAUCCAAAAACUAUAUCAAAAACUCUGCAUUUCAACUUUCCUUCUGAUGUAGUAAGUGGCAGUGAAAGAGUUCAAGUCACUGCUAUUGGUGAUAUCCUUGGGCCUUCUAUCAAUGGUUUGGAGUCUCUGAUUAAGAUGCCUUAUGGCUGUGGUGAACAGAACAUGAUUAACUUUGCUCCUAAUAUUUAUGUGUUGGAAUAUCUGACUAAGACAAGGCAAUUAAAGGAGGAUAUUAAAUCAAAGGCUAUAUCUUUUAUGAGAGAAGGAUACCAAAGAGAGCUUCUCUACCAAAGAGAUGAUGGCUCUUUCAGUGCCUUUGGAAACAGUGACUCCUCUGGGAGCACUUGGUUAUCGGCUUUUGUAUUAAGAUGCUUCAUUCAAGCUCGCCCAUUCAUAGAUAUUGAUCCUUAUGUGCUGACGAGAACAGCUGCUUGGAUUGUCAAACAUCAGAAACAUAAUGGUGAAUUCACGGAGCCUGGAAAAGUGAUACACAGUGGACUUCAAGGAGGGAGUAACAGUCUAGUAACUCUUACUGCUUAUGUUGUGACAACCCUAUUAGGCUAUGAAAAUGAUGAGUUUGCUGUAGUGAUCAAAGAAGCUACAAGCUUUCUGGAAGCUAAGUUAGAAGAAGGAAUUUCUGAUAACUACACUCUGACCCUAGUGACAUAUGCAUUGUCUUUGGCAAACAGUAUGAAAGCAAAGAAAGCCCUGAACAUACUAAAUCAGAAAUCAGAACAGCAAGGAGAAAUUCGAUUCUGGACGACACCAGCUCCUGAACUUUCUGACUCAUGGCAACCACGGUCUGUUGACAUUGAACUUGCAGCCUAUGCUUUGCUGUCUCACUUUCAGCAAGAUAGAUUAGCAGAGGGGAUUCCUAUAAUGAAAUGGUUAAGCCAGCAACGAAAUCACCUUGGAGGUUAUUCAUCUACUCAGGACACAGUAGUUGCCCUGCAAGCCUUGAGUUCAUUUGCAGUUCUUACUACUACCAGUAAAACGGAAAUUAGUGUAACAGUGACUGGACCAAAUCUGGAAGCUCUGGCAGAAUUUUCAGUUGAUACUCAAAACCGGUUUCUUCUUCAGACCAAAGAGAUUGCAUCUAUGCAACCAGUGGUAGUUACAGUGUCAGCAGAAGGUACUGGAUUUGCCAUUUUUCAGCUCAACAUUAUUUACAACGUGAAGCAUUCAGUCACUCAUAGAAGGCGCAGAUCUGCCCAAAGUCCAGAAGCCUUUGACUUAGAUGUUGUUGUAAAUGAUGAGAAAAAUGAUAUAAAUCAUUUGACCCUAAAUGUGUGUACAAGGUAUUUGGGGUCCAGUGCAUCUCCCAAAAGUGGUAUGGCCCUCAUGGAAGUUGGCAUGCUUAGUGGCUUCUCUGCAUUACCAGAUUUCAUUUCAUUACAUGAUCCAAUUAAGAAGGUAGAAAAGGACAAUGGGAAAGUCAGCCUAUACUUAGAUUCUCUAAAUGAAACACAGGUUUGUGUGGAUAUUCCUGCUGUGAGAGACUUCAAAGUAGCAAAUACUCAAGGUGCCUCAGUGAUUAUAGUGGAUUACUAUGAACCAAGAAGAAAAGCAGUAAGAAGCUAUAAUUCUGAAGUGAUGCAGAAGUUGUCAUCUUGUGUCUUCUGUGAAAGUGACUGCAAUCUUUGUGAAAAAAAAUCCACUGAUGGUGCUCAAGGAUUGCUCCUGCACUCAGAGACUUUCCUUUUCUGCAUAUUGCUCACAAUCCUUGUAAACUUGCUGUAAAGCUGGCUGGUGUAAGAGGAUACUACUUAUAUUGCACUUCUAAGGUUUGCAUAAAUUACCCAAAGAAAGUUUUAUAUUCCAAGGGGCUAAUCCUUUUCCAGUGAUGUCAGUGACAAAACUCCUGCUGUGUACAGCAAGAGCAGGAUUGGACCCAUACUUUAAGCUCCUGGCUGUGCCAGAAAAUGUUCUUAAUAUUUCUAUUGGAAAAUAUUAAUGUGCCUUUUUAAAUGUUAGUUUCAUAUUGAAGUUAUUUUCUAAAGAAACGCAGAAUAAGAUUUAUUGAGCAAACAGUUAUGGCUAAGUUUAUAUUUUCUAACUGUUCCUUCUUUCUUCUCAGCCUAGUUUUUUGAUUUGCUUACUGUUAUGGUUUUAUGUUUAAAAAUAAAGAAAAUUAUGUUUAUUUUAUAGAGCUGUGCUGAAAAACCACCUACUCCUCAACUUCUCAGUUAGGCUGUUAGUAAGCAAAAGUGUGGUGGACUAUUUCUGCAAACAAAAGGCACUUAACAUAACACUAAUUUCCAUUGUCCUUGUUCCUGAGUGAAUAAUAGGAGCAAUAAGUGGAGCUGGCUGCAAAGUGGUUUUGAGAGCUAGGGGGUAAUGUGUACUCAUAAGUAGCUGAGUAGUCCAGAACACUUUUAUAUUUUUUUAUAAUUACAAAUUAAGUAACUUUUUGCGAACUGGAUAUGUUUAAAAAUAAGCUGUUGAAAGGUUUAAGGACUUUUCCAUACUUUUUACACUGCAAGGUGCUUUUGAAUACUACACUUACCCCACAUGGAAACAGAUGCCUGAGUUGCAACAGAGUUUGUCAUUCCAGGGCCGGCAUGGUUAGCCAUCUUCGGACCCACAGAUAAGCCAAUCAUGGAAGACAAUCAUCCUUGACUGUGAGGGAUUGCUGAAGAAGAUUAUUUAAUAUUUGCUAUUAUGUCUCUCUCUUUUUUUAAAGCAACCAAAAUGCUGAGAUUUUCAUUUGUUAAAAAUAUAGUGCAAUUGUAGCUGUGAUAGAACCUAACAGACACAGAAAUUUUAAGUCUACCACAUAGCCUUCAUUCACAUAGCUGUAUGUUUUGUGUUUUGAAUGUGUGUAAUUAUUUGGUAGUCAGUGUGAUUUUUUUUUUUUUUUUGGAGUAUUGUAUAUUUUCAUCCAAGCUCUGCUUUUGCACUUAAACAUAUGGCUUAUAUGCUUAUCUAUACUUUUGGUUAAACAGGUAAUUAAUUCACAGCAACACUGUGUGAAGAGAUACAAGGAUUUCUGCCUUGGUUUUUGUUUAAUACUGAGAGUUUCCUUGUAGUCAAGAUAUAGUCUAGGGAUUUUAAGGACCUGUUCUAAGGGUACAUAUAUAAAACAAAUGUU